AACGUUACAUAGAGCAGACGAUGAAAAAAUUAAAGAAAUGGGAAGGAUGUCAACCACAUCAUAAAUGAGAGAUAUGGACUUAUGAAAAAUUAAAAGACAAUGUUAUUUUUAUUUUACUUUUUUUAUCAAUAUAAACAGAUUCAACUAAGACUCUGCAAACCAAGAUGACAACUCUGCAUCCAUAUGAACGAGGAAAGACGAUUGUUUCCUGCCACUUCGGGAAAGACUGUCCGCCCUUGAAUCUGCGUUUGGGGUAUAUGAAUGAGUUAUGAUUGAUGAAAACUUCUUUGAAGAAUCUUGAGUCUUUUUAAUAAGUUGCAAAGGAAAACCAUUUUUCUGGUGCUAAAACCAUCUUCACCAAUUGAGAACAAUCUGUUGCAAACGUAACUCGUUAUUGAGGUAAAUUCUUCAUACAUUUCAUAUCCCAUAUAAGAGCCUUUUUCACUUUUUUCUUCUUAAAUAAGACUGUUAUUUUAAAAAUUGAAAAAAAUAAAAGUGAAAGAUGGACUGAAUAUAACACCCCAUUUAUGGAGCAUAGUUACUCUUAAUAGACAUAUCCAUUCAUUUGUUCAUUAGUUUUGGCUGCUUGUGGUUCAAAAUUAUCUACAAGUGGAUGAUACACAUUUAUUUAUAUUUUGUUGAAUGAAAAUCGGUAGAUGGAGGCUCCACUUAGGUAGAAGAACCACAUUUUGGUAUGCCUUACAUUUAAACCCUUAUUAUUUGUUACAGUGUACCAGUUUAAAACAAAAUACAUAAUUGUUUACUAUUUUUAGUUUGGUUGGUUAUUAUUUAGUUUUACUUUGAAUGUACGAUGAAUUGAUUAGACAUGUGGAAAAAAGAUUUGGCGCAAAUGAAUUCCAAAAAUAUUUACCGGUGAGUUCUAUUUUUAUUUGUGUACUGUUAUAUUGGCGUUAGGUUGACUAUGACUAGUGUUUUGUGAUUUUUUUCUUGUUGUUUUGUUUGUACUUGCUCUCACUGGUGAGUUCUAUUUUUUAUUUGUGUACUGUUAUAUUGGCGUUAGGUUGACUAUGACUAGUGCUUUGUGAUUUUUUUUCUUGUUGUUUUGUUUGUACUUGCUCUUUUUCAAGUAAAUUUGUUCCUAUGAUAUUUUUCUUAUGUGACUUUUGUUUAUUCAAUUUUGGUGGAUAUGUAUGUGUUUGCGAAAAGGGCUUAAAACUACCCAAACAAUUUUUAUCGUGGUAAAUACAACCUGAACAAAUGAUCCGUGCUAAAUGUGACAUUAAUCUGAUUAAAAUUGAAAUAAACUACCUGAAACUUUUUAAAUAUGCCUAAAUCUAUAUUGACUGUGAAAGAAGUUAGUCAACCCUUAACCAAAACGAUCGUUUUGCUUAAUAAAAAACCCAUCUCUUAUGGAGAUUCGAACCCUUUCUUUGAAAGAAUAAACCAAACACUUUGACCACUAUGCCAAAGUAAACUAUUCAAAAUAAAUAACAUAAUGUGAUUAGGUACAAAGACGAGGAAGAUCACUAAGGAAUAAGAAGAAGAAUAUGUCGUUGGUGUGGCUAGAAGCGGCUCUGCCUUUGGGAAUCAUCGGCGGGAUGCUUUGCACUAUGGGAAAUUCUCAGUAUUACAUCCACAAAUUUUAUUAUGGCUAUCUAUGAAUUUUUUCUCCUUUCUAAUUUCAUUCAGUCUCUCUAUCUUUCUUAAGAAUUUGACAAUUUAAUCAAAUUGGGUCCAAAUUUGAGUUUGAUGAUUUUAAUUUGGGAUUGAGCAGCUGAAGCACAUACGGCACGAUGCAUGGAAUGGUGCUAUCGAGAGACUCGACAAGAAUGUCUUCGAGAAAGCCAAGCUCAUUCCUCAUGACCAGGUAUGACGAUUGAUCAGUUGCCUAAAUGCUUAUUCAAAGAGGGAACUGAAACACAAGUUGAGAAGGUCAACAACAGUUGUCGAACUUCCAUACUUGCGAAGGUGGCGAAGUACUGUCCAGACGAGUACAAAGAAGUGUCGGAGGAUCCGCUAUUUGCUCAGAUUGUGGCCAUUCAUGUACACAAGCUUCAGUUUUCGGCAAGAGCGAUCCACACCUUCGUUUGCAAGCAGCUUCUGUCCGCAAAGCGUUAUGAGUUGUGGUUCCAUUAUGCUAGGAGGCCUCUCAGAUUUUUAAUGCAAGAAUUCUAUGCCAUCACAGGUUUGAAAUACAAUGACGAGCCUGACUUGGAGAUUGAUGACUGGGAAUAUGAUGGAGGGUUUUGGAGUAAGUUGCUAAGGAGACAGAAAAAUAUUUCGGUUCAGCAAAUCAGGAAGGUUCAUGUGAAGUUGUGUAAUACAUGGUCUCGUGUUGAUAGGCUGCGGUUGGUCUAUUUGUGUGUGAUUGCUGGUAUUCUUAUGGCGAAGGAUGAGAAGGUGUGGAUCCCAUACAAGUACAUCAAGCUCGUGAUGAACUUCGAGAAGAUGAGGAAAUAUCCGUGGGGUCUUCACUCUUUUGAUAUGCUGGUGAGUUCCAUUAUCAACGCUAGGGAUAAAGUGAAGACGCAAAACAGUUAUGUCGUAGAUGGAUUCUCGUAUGCACUUCAGAUUUGGUUGAUGGAAGCUGUUCCGGACAUUGGGUCUCUUUUGGGUCAGAAACUGAGAGAAGGCGUGAAAACCAUGAGGUGCAGAAAUUGGAAAGGAUCUGCUAAGAUUUCCUAUGAGGAUAUUAUUACCAUAGAGUCUAAUUUUGCUUCCACCGGAGAUGUGUUUCCAUCCAUUUCUACAUCUGGAAAUUUCAAAGACGUGAUUACUGAUGCCGAGUUUGUUCGAGUCUGUGAGAUGAAGGAUGAAAGAGUUGAUCUAAUCAUUGACAUGCAGCGAAACAAGUAUGACUGGAGUAAGCAUGUUUGGGCUUAUAAGGAAACAGUGAAACCAUUUCAGUACAGUUCUGAGGAAGAUGGUUCAGAUGAGGAAGCGGCUGUAGAGACAAGUGAAACUGAAAUUGAAGAAGAAAUAGAAAGCACCCGUGUGUCUCCUACUAAGAAGAGGAAGAACAGGUUUCGGGAUACUGGUGCGGAGUCGAGGAAGAAGAGGUUACUUUGCCAAAGAUCAACCGAGAAAUAUAGAGAUCUUGAAGAGGAAAUGAAGUCCUAUAUCCAGAGUAUGUUUAACUCUUCUUUUACUGCCUUAGGCCUCGAGGUACGCGAGAUUAUUGAAGACCGCUUUACCAAAUUAGAGGAGAAGAUCCUUUCAUCUCAGACUCAGGGUGGUGCACCUGCUAAUACUCAGACUCGUGGUACUGAUCCGUUUUGGACUCCUUCUGCUGCUGCUGCUGCUGGUGCUGCUGCUGCUGCCAUGCUGCCACUGCUCCGGCUUCGGUUUCUGGUCGUCCUCCUGCUCCUACUCGGGCUUCUACUGAAGCUCCUGCUUCGGUUUCUACUCCAGGUCUUGCUCCUUCUCGCAGUGCGGCUUCUGCUCCUUAUCGCAGUCGAGCUUCUGCGACUGCUCACAAUGGUGGUCCUGCGAAUGCUGCGAAGACAAGGUCUCAGACAAAGGUAAACAAGAAGUAGAUCAUUUUUCAUGUCUUCGGUUGCUGUUAUAUUUUCAUGUCUUUGGUUGCUUUUCUUUUUCAUGUACUCGGUUUGCGGUUUGUAAUAUUAUUUUAAGAAUGAUGUUGUCUUUGCUGUGUGUAAUAAUUAUGUAAGGAUGAUGUUUUGGAUCAUUUGUGUGAUAUCAUUAUAAGGAUGGAAUCUUUCUUUAAAAAAUA